AGUAAGUUGAUACUCCAAUCUAAACAGCCAUUUACUGUCGUGCGUCCCCUUUAAGAAGUGCUGGGUGGAGCCGUACAGGAAGUGAAGUGUCAACGCAAGUCUCGCCAAAACGGGGCUGCCGACCGCUGCUUUGAUGAACCUACCUAUUAGUAAUUAUUACGGCCGUACACUGCUGCAUAGUGAGCUCAAAAUAGAGAAUCCUGUUGACACCUUAAUUCUUUUUUUCUGCCACAGAAUAAAAAAUGAAAGAAGACUCUGCUUCCAUCUGCUGGUAAGCUGGAGACCCGCAGCACUGGCGUCAUGGUGAAGGAUGUUUCGAAAGGUCAAGAAGCGCCACAGCAGCAGCAGCUCCCAGAGCAGUGAGAUCAGCACUAAAAGCAAGUCGGUAGAUUCCAGUUUGGGAGGCCUGUCUAGGUCCAGCACAGUUGCCAGUCUUGAUACGGACUCCACCAAGAGCUCAAGUAACGCCGUGUCUGACGCCUGUGCUGAGUUCAGAGUCAAGUAUGUGGGAGCCAUCGAGAAGCUACAGUUUGAGAUGAGCAAAACCCUUCAGGAGCCUCUAGACCUGAUCAACUACAUUGAUGCAGCUCAGCAAGAUGGAAAACUGCCGUUUGUGCCUGGAAAUGAGGAGAUGAUUCUGGGAGUGUCCAAGUAUGGAGUUAAAGUGGCCUCAUUGGACCAGUGUGAUGUGCUUCACCGUCACCCGCUCUACCUGAUUGUGCGUAUGCUUUGCUAUGAUGAUGGUCUGGGUGCUGGAAAAAACCUGCUCGCACUGAAGACCACAGAUGCAGAGCAGCAGGAGUGCAGCAUCUGGGUGUAUCAGUGCAGCAGUGCGGAACAAGCCCAGGCCAUCUGUAAAGUACUGUCCACCUCCUUCGACUGUGCCCUGGCCUCAGAGAAGUCCUCCUGAGGUCUGUUUGGGAGUGAUCCUGUUCUUCCACCCUCACUCAUUCCUUCAGCAGCAGCAGCAGCAGCAGGAGGAGGAUUGAAGUCUGUUUGUGGAAGGUGCCCUUUUUAAAAGCUUCUGACAGAAAUGCUGGAAUUUGUCUCACUUUGAUUAAUGUCAAUACAGCUGAUCCGUCUUUGUUCAGCAUGAAAGGGCAGCCAUCUCAACCACAUGUUUACACCAUAUACAUUAGUCCCAGCAUCCUCUUCUCUUAUCAGCCCCACCACAACCCAAAAGCCAAGUUUGGGCUGCGUCUAUUUUUGUAACCUAAUUUAAUCUUAUUUAAUGUAAAUAUAAUAACAACCUCAGAGCACAUUUCCCACUAUGGGCCAGUGAAUCUGGGAUUUGUUGAGCUCUAGUGGGUUUGUGUAAACCAUGGUACAUUAAUGUCAGUGUAAACACAAAGAUGCUGUAAAACCCAAACCCUCUGCAUCUUUAAUAUGUACAUGCCCCUCUUUUGUCGUCCUCCUGGUCCAGGUGGGAUCAGAUCAGUUAAUAUGGUACAAUAAAUGCGAAUAAUGCAGUUUCAUCUCGUUUUUUCCCCCUCGUUUCCACUAGAUGGCAGUGCUUUCAUCCUGUUGAAUAAUUGGAGUGUUUUCAAACUAUUCAUGUUUAAUAAUAACAACAAAAACAUCCUACAGCCCCCUAAUCAAGGAACAUAAAGCCUGAAGUUUAAUGUCCCUUUACCUGGCACAUUUUCACUUAACCUACCCAAAUAAUGCAACACGUGAACAAGAAAUUCUUUUGCAGUUUUUUGAAUUCCAGUUUUCCCAUUUAUUUGUACAUAUAUGCAUAUAUUUAUAUAUUAGCAUCAAUGACGUUUAUGGUAAACGGGUGAAUAGAGGUCGUUUUCAUCUUAGUUAAAAGUGUACUCUAACAGUACGUCAAAACAUCAGUCAUUAUCAGUUUAGCUCUCAGCUUACAAUUAAAUAUGCACAAAGCAAAGUCUACAUUUAUCUACAAUCACAGCCGGCCAGGUGCCGACCGUAUACAGUGAGCUGAACACAGGAUAAUUACAUCCCACCACUGCCCGAGUCACAGGGCACUCUGGUCCGAGCUCAAUCAAGACUAACAUGACUGUAAUUAAAAGUUACAUAACAGACUCUAAGUUGCUCUGCAACCACAUCAAACACUCAUGACAUAAAACGCUCUGCUGUGUUACUCCUGCACACAAUUACAGAUGGAUGAGCAUUUCAAAGCUUUAGAAAGGAUUUAGAGAAGUGUUGUGAGGGGAAAUGACAUGAGGGAUUUUAAUUUCCCCUGGAAUACAAUUAGAGGAGAUGCAGAGUUAUUACCCAUCUGGCCAACCAAAGCAGGGAGACUCUGGGAACAUCCUGGGAGGUGGAAAUAAUUCAUAUCUCAAACUGACACCUUGGAAUCUGUUCAAAAUGACUAGGUUUUGGAGCUCUCGAGGUAAAAACAUUAUUCAGUAUGGUCCUGUUUUGCACGCUGAAGAAAAGAGUGAGCAACUUAAAAGAAUAGUUCACCCAGAACUGAAAAUGCUGUCGUCAUGAUAUUUCAAACCUUUUUAUCUUCCACAGAACCAGCCAGGAUGAAUAUUUAAGAAUGUCAAGAGUGCUUUUUCUAGAAUGACAACAAACCUGUCAAGCUCUAAAAA